AUGUCUGACAGAGACGAUAUCGGGGCACCGGCACUUGGUGUGUGCUGGGGACUUUCUACCAUUGCCCUGAUCGUGACGAUUGCUAGGAUUUAUACCCAGGCACGGAUCACCCGUCAACUCGGACUUAGUGAUGCAAUGCUGGCCCUGUCUACUUGUAUCGUCCUUACCUUCACCUCCCUGAUCACCGUGCAAUACCACUACGGAUGGGGCCGACACCAGCAGACGCUCACCACACACCAGCGAAUCGAAGCCCUCAAAUACAAUUCAAUUGGACAGACCUUUGGAGUCUUGGGCUCUACUUUUGGCCGUCUUUCAACUAUUGCGACUAUGUUCACACUGUUUGGGAUCAACCAGAAGCUGCGGCGUGUAAUUUGGACUCUUUUUGCGGCACAGUUGAUAACCAACGGUGUUGUUGUGGUGUGUUCAUAUGCGCAGUGUACCAACGUUGUUUUACUUUGGGAUACAAGUGUAUCUGGUUCAUGUUGGAACGCGGAUGUGCAGACAUACCUUGGAUAUGCGCACUCGGCUUUCAAUGGUUGCACUGAUCUUUUCUUAACAUUUUUUCCGGCGUACAUGAUUCGCAAUUUGCAGAUGAAUCGAUGGACAAAGCUCGGUGUGGGUAUUCUUCUAGGCUUGAGUAUUCUUGCUGUCAUCGCCGUCGUUAUGAAGAUUGUUAAUCUCGAAGCUCUGGCAAAUCGGGGCGACUAUACCGUCAAUAACACGGUUGCUCUAUUCACUUGGAUUUUAGCCGAAGCUGUUCUUCUUAACAUUGCCGCAUCGGCCCCUGUGCUCCGUCCACUAUACAAGCGGCUUAUGGAAACCGAAUCUCGCAACUACUCCUAUGAAAUGAAUAGCCAUGAUAUUUCAAGGAGCCACAUUUCACGCAAUCAAGGUGCUAUCAAGUCUAAUGAUUCUGCAAGUGACAAGGCCGCCAUUUUGAACAAAAACCAGUCACUGCAGGACAAUUACUAUCACAUUACAGUGAAGCAGUCGUACUCCGUGACUAUGGCCGAGUCAAGAAUUUCAGUUUAA